AUGAAGGACAAGAGCGAAGUUAUCCAAGAGUUCAAUGAGCUCGUCAACGUGACGGCGAAGGAACUGAAGGAGUGGCUAAAGGGUGACGACUCUACAAGUGCUGGAUGGGAGAAGGACGAUGGCAGCGGUGAAUCCGUCGGUCAUGACAGUGGUCGAAAGAUUGUUGAGAUUCUCGAAUCCAAUCCCGAGAAGGACCCGGAAAAGUACUCAGAAGAUGAUGUUGGCCACAUGAGGAAGGUUGUGUCUUACUGCAAACGACACUUGGCUCAGGAAGAAAAGGCAAACAAUGAAAAGCCCAUUGAAGAAGUGAAAAAGACCAAGUCGUACGCGUCUCUCAUGAACUGGGGCCACGAUCCCAUCAAGAAGCGCGAGGCAAAUGGUGGUGGUGCUGAAGGCGAGGAAGAGGAGCAACCUGAGGAGCAGGAAGAGGAGGCAAAAGAAGAAAAAGCAGGAGAAAAACGGAAGGCCCCUGACGACCAGUCUGGACAGAGCAAGAAGAGAGAAACAGAGGAUGGCGCUGCUGAGGUAAAGGACGACGAAAAGAAGGAUAAAGAAGCUGAGGGAGCCGAAGAGGAGGCCGAAGAGGAGGCUCCAAAGAAGCAGGAGUCAAAGAACGGCCAGAAGAACGGGGCAGAGGCGGGAAAUGGGGACAAGGCAAAGGGGCCUAAAGAGGGCGACACGGUGAGCUGGAACUGGGGCCAAGGCCAACCUGAGGGGAAAGUGAAAGAGGUGAAUCCUGGAGAGACCACUAUUGAGACGAAAAAGGGAAACAAAGUCUCGCGAAAGGGCGAUGAGGAGGAUCCUGCUGUUGUCCUUGACACUGGAAAGUCGGAUGCGAUUAAGCUCAGCCAUGAACUGAACGAGACUGAGGGAUGA